AAAUACUGUAUAAUGGCGGCGCCCUUGAGCGACAUGGUUUGGUGAAUGUUGACAUUCGACUGCCACUGCGUAUAGCAACAUGACAGCAAGAAUUCACCAAUUUAGAAAUGCAGCGUACAAGUAUGUGUUCUCCAAGGAGGUCCAUCAGCUGCUGCCGGCUCACUACAAGCGGAGGUGUGUGGAGUUUAUGGAGGGCGAGCCUACAGCUGUACACUGGCAGCCAGAAGAAGGGCCAUUCAGGCAGAACCCCAACUCAGGGAAACGUGAGCGUGUGCAGAAUGUCCCUGUGAAGGUUGUGUACCCCGCCGAGUGCAACAAGGGCUUGUGGGGGAGGCGAGGGCCUGGUUGUCGGCUAUCGGAAGAGUGAUCGGCGCUUUGCUUCUAGAAUCCCCAAAAUCUGGCGGCCAUACCUGACGAAACGGGUGCUGUACAGCGAGGUCCUUGACAAGUAUUUUGAGAUCCAGGUGACCCUGCGGACCCUUGACCUUAUUGAUGAGGCGUAUGGGUU